ACAAUCCAAGGAUACCGGAGCACAUCAUCUAGGAGCACAUUGGCUUCUCCCAGGCCUCCAUCAUGCAGGGGUUCAAUAUGGGACGCUACGUCCCUCCCGAGCUCGAGGGCACCAUGUCAGCCAAUAAGGCCGUCGGCAAACAUGCUCUGGGCAAAAGGGCCAACAAGAUCAAAGAAGGCAUCCUCACCGUGCGCUUCGAAAUGCCCUACGCAGUCUGGUGUAACCACUGUCCUAAACCAACAAUCAUAGGGCAAGGCGUGCGAUUUAAUGCCGAGAAAAAGAAGGUCGGCAACUAUUUUAGCACGCCCAUCUGGUCGUUUCGCAUGAAGCACUCUGCUUGUGGAGGCUGGAUCGAGAUACACACGGAUCCUAAAAAUACAGCAUAUGUGGUCACAGAAGGCGGCAAAGCCAGAGACACAGGCGAAGAUCGCGUACGAGAAGGGGAAGAAGGCGUGCCCAUUCUAUCCGCCGAGGAGAGGGAGCGCAGGAGGCAAGAUGCGUUUGCGGUUCUCGAGGACAAGAAGCAAGACAAAGCUCAAGAGAAAGAGCAUGGCAAGCGUAUUGUUGAGCUACAGGAAGUACGGGAUCAACAUUGGGAUGAUCCAUACGAAGCGAACAAGCGCUUGAGAAGAACGUUCAGAGCCGAGCGCAAAGUCAGAGAAAAAGAUCACGAUUACUCGGAGAAGCUCAGGGAGAAGAUGGGACUGGAUGUUGAGCUGAUGCCUGAGAACGACGAUGACAGAAGACACGCUACGUUAAUCGAGUUCGGAGGCCUCCCAGACGACCGUAUCGAUGACAGUGCAUUGAAGGCCACAUCAAGACCUCUCUUCCAUCAAGAUACCCAAGCAGAAGUAGCUCCAGCCAAGUCCAAACCUACCCACAAGACAAAGGCGGCUGCAGAGAUCGAGCGUCGAAAGAAAGCAUUCCAGCAAGAGAUACGCGACAACUCGCGUGCAGCUGCUGACCCUUUCUUGACGUUUGGCAGCCUGGAUGCUACAACUUUUCGUGCGAUUGCUGGCAUCAAGAGAAAGGCACCCAGUAACACCACAGAUCAGAAAGACGAGCCAGAGAAGGUGCCAAAGUCGGAGAAGUCGCAAUCAGCACGAGCACUUUCUCUGGUCGCUUACGAUUCUGACUGAAGCACGACCAACGAGUUACGAUUGCAUUACAGGCGCUAUAUACCCAUUUGAAAUUAUUCUUUGUCCUCGUACCAA